AUGCCGGUCCACGUCAGAACGAUGCGCUACAUCCUCUUCUGCCUUCUCUCUCUAACGCUCAACCGAAACCUAGCCUUCGUUCUCGAUAAGCAGAACCCAUACUCCCAAUUUAGGAAGUGGAACGCCGGUUUGAACGGCACAUUAGAACUUGAGUUCAAAACCGACCAACCGAAUGGUCUGCUAUUAUACACAGAUGAUGGUGGCACUUACGACUUUUUUGAGUUGAAAUUGGUGAACGGCGCGCUAAGGUUGCGAUACAAUUUGGGAGGGGGCGCCCAAAUUAUAACCGUGGGCAGCAAUUUGAAUGAUGGACACUGGCAUAAAGUACAGGUGGCUCGCCGGGAUGAACACACCAAUCUCGCAGUGGACGGCAUCACACAAAGCAAAACCUCGAGGGGUAAAGAGUUUGCGUUUGGCAAAUUCAAUACCAACUCCGACGUUUUCGUCGGGGGAAUACCUCCUUCG